AUGCCAGACGACGGCCGUCAGGCCUCAACCGCCUCCUCCUCCUCAGCCAGGCCGGCCCACGCCGCCACCUCCGGCAUCAGCUUCGGCCACAGCACCACAACAAACUCCUCUUCUUCCAGCACCGCUGGCAACGCUCCUCCAGGCCACUUUCUCCGCCGUGCCAGAACCGUCGACGAACCCUCGAUGCGGUCAGCAUCCAUGUCGCGGCACAUGUCGUCCGAUUCGUCCUCCGCGGAGGCGCCUCCACGCCGGAGCUCCAACUUUUCGGAAUACAGCCUGAGCGAGGCACGCGAUAUCCUGAAUCCCCGGCCGUAUCCUCAGGGCGAGCAGGUCUCGAGCCAUGAGGCUUCGCCGCUGGCUUCCCUGUCGCUGGCUUUUGCUCUUUUGCCCGCUAUUGCGGGGAUCCUCUUUCAGAAUGGCACGUCUGUUGUUACCGACAUUAUGCUCUUGGGCCUUGCGGCCAUAUUCCUCCAUUGGUCGGUGACGCAGCCUUGGCAAUGGUAUCAUGCGGCACAAGAGGUCCGUGUCCUCGAAGAGCACUCGAUGAGUACAUCGUCGCUCGAGACAGACAGCGGCUUGGACUCUGCGACCAAAUCUCCCAAUGGCAAUGCACCGCUCGAUGAUGUCCCCGAAGAACAAGAAGCAAGUGGACAAGAUGAUUCGAGCUCAGAGAAGAAAGAGGCCCGAAUGGAACAGAUGACAGCACAGCAACAAGCUGCACUCAGGGAGCUCUAUCGCCACGAAAACCUCGCUCUCUUGUCGUGCUUUCUAAUGCCGAUGCUCAGUGCAUAUCUCCUGCAUUAUAUCAGAGGGCAACUUACACGGCCGUCUGAGGGACUCGUUUCCAACUUCAACCUCACCAUUUUCAUCAUGGUUGCCGAGCUGCGUGUGCUAUCGCACAUCAUCACACUGGUUCAGUCUCGGACUCUGCAUCUGCAGAGAAUUGUGCAAGAUAGCCCGCUUGGUCGACAACAAGCUGGCACUGAAACACUCCUACAGGAGAUGCUCAAGAGACUGGACAGGCUAGAGGGUCUGUCAACGUCUCAGAGCAACACCUUGGCCGGGCAUGGGGAGUCGUUGAGCUCAACCACCGCGACAGUCAGCCGAGACGUCAGAAACACGAUCCAGCCAGAGCUCGACGCUCUGAAUCGUGCCGUCAGGCGGUAUGAGAAGAAGGCGACACUCCUGCAGCUGCAGACUGAGUCGAGGUUUACUCAAAUGCACGCAAGGCUGGACGACGCCAUUUCGUUAGCAGCCGCAGCAGCGAAAACCUCGAAUGGGCGACAGAGUCUACUCCCCUGGAUUUGGAACAUGAUUGUGGCGGCAGUGACGUUCCCUUUCAAGGCUGUCCUGGAGAUACUCGCGCUGCCGCUGAAGCCCAUCGUUGCCUUUGCAAACAGGAACAAACAUACGUCCUCUACCCUUCGGCCACCUCGUAGCCGGUCCGGAAAGCUUCCAGCAUCGGUCAAGUAUAACGGCGAUCGGGUGCCGACGAGGAUCAUCAAGAGGUGA